AUGGCCAUCCCAAUUGUCGACUCGCACGUGCAUCUCUGGCCGCAAGCCCACUUGCCAACCAUCGCCUGGCACUCGGACGACAACCCUCUGGGCGCGCAGUACUCUGUCGACGAAUACCACUCUGCCACAAACCACUUGCCAUUGACAUUUUCCUCUCCCGGAUCAGCAUCCGCAUCGACAUACCUGCGCGGCUUCAUCUACAUCGAAGUCGACCGCAUCUCAUCCACCGAUGAGGCCGGGGAGCAAGGAUGGAGACAUGUCCUGGAUGAAGUCUCGUAUGUAACGCGCAUCGCCACCGGGAAUCCGGUCUUGGGCGAGGGCCACUCGGCCUCGCAGCGUGAGCCUUUGCUAGCGUUUGUACCCUGGGCGCCGAUCCCCCAGGGCCCCGCGGCACUGGAGCGAUAUAUGACCCUUGUCCGAGAGCGCACGCUGGCGGACGAGGUUUGGUUGAAAGUGCGCGGCGUGCGGUAUCUGGUGCAGGACAAGUCGGUGGGGACGAUGCUGACGCAGGAUUUUGUCGAUAGUUUGAAAUGGCUAGGAAAGCAAAAGCUGGCUUUUGAUCUGGGCGUUGAUGCGAGACAGGGAGGGCUCGCGCAACUGAGAGAGGCAGUGUCGAUGAUGCGUCGGGUUUAUGCUGGUGUGGAUGAGCGGGAGCAGGUAGUUAUUAUAAUCAACCACCUGUGCAAACCGCACCUGCACAUCCCCCCAUCCGACACUGUCCAAGGACACCCCCAGUUCGUCGAGUGGAAACGACUCAUCGUCACCAUGGCCUCUGAGCCAGCCACAUACAUGAAGCUGUCGGGCCUCUUCUCAGAACUGCCGCCGACGCUGUCCGACGCCCAGACCAACGAUCUCGUGGAGCAUAUGCUGCCCUGGCUCAACGUUGUGUUUGAUAGCUUCAAACCGCAUCGUAUUAUGUUUGGUUCUGACUGGCCCGUCUGUAACCUGGGCGGAGGCGGUGCUGGCUCUUGGGCUAAGUGGAAAGCUGUGGUUGAGUGUAUACUCGAUAAGCGUGGGUUGACAGAAGACGAAAGGACGGCUAUAUGGGGAGGGACUGCGGCGAAGGCAUAUGGGUUGGAUUUAGCUGGGCAUAACUGA